AUGUCGUCGUCGUCGAGAUGGGGUCGGUGUUUGAUCCACCCACACUACCAUCCUCAAAGUCAUCAGGUGUCGUCGUCAGCGUUGGGUCGAGGGCGGCGCGAAAGCGGUCAAAGCGCCAGCGCGUCGACGACCCCGUUCGUGCGAGCGAUCCAUACCAGCUCCACUUCGGCUGCAGUGGAAGGCGUGCUCCCGAAACGAAAUGGGGAGAGGAACGGUCCUCCUCCUAUCGCACCACUACCAACUCCACCACCGCGAACGUCCUCAUUCUCAAAGCUCAAGGCGCGAACGAUCCCGACGCGAUCUCAAUCCCAUGUCAAAGACGUCUCCCGCAUCACGGGCGCACAUGCGGACAACCCCGUUGGAGAAAUGUACUACGAGAUGGACAUUUCGGACGGGGUCCACGAAAUCCCUUAUGACGAUUUGGUUUCGGCGUUGUAUGCGACGAGGGAAACUCCUCUCGUCGAUGAGCAGGAUCUUAGUGAGGAAGGCGUCCCGGGUAUUGAGGGGCUCUUUGAGGAUGGAGAAGGAAAUUUAAGGGGAGGCGCCGAGGAGAGUUUGGAUUGGCAGGUGCUGUUGGAUGAGUUGGUCACGAGGGAUCAUCGGGAAGGGAGUAAAGUCGAGACGACGAAGGCAAAGGCGCGAGAGAUCGAGAAACCGGAGAUUGUUCCUGCACCGAAACCUACAACUACGACUACGACUACCUCAUCGAGUAUGGAAAUCAAGCCAUCAAAAUCUUCGACAUGUCAAACACCUGAACCUGUAUCGACACCGAUACCUGCAUCGACCCGAGCGCCAAUUGUAAAAGCUAUUCCUGCGAUCAUCACACCCACGAAGAGGCUCGCCCCUCUCGGCAAAGCACGGGACCUCAAUCCUUCACCACGACCCAUCGGCAUCCUACCCUACACACCUCCAUCCAAUGUUUCCCCCACCGAUCCUUCUUCCCGCCCCCUCCUCUCGCGCUACGACUGGCGUCUCUCCUCCCCACUCCCCCGACAAUCUCCCUCCCUCAUCCCCCACCUCUCGACAUCCCCACCAGCAAUCUCCAACAAGGGGCGAACAAGUUGGUCGGUGUGGGACAUGCACCUUAUUUCAGUGGGAGGAGGAUCAAGGAUGUAGAAGGGUGGGGGUGGAAGGGGAGAGUGCCCCAGGGGGAAAAGGGGACUUGGAGGGCCGCGGACCGGCAUCGGAUAAAGUGCGUACGGUUGGGUUUCGCUUUCGAAUUCUGUUGGUUCGUUCCGGUGACUAAAAAUAUUUUCUGAUAUACGCCAACAGAAUUGAUCGCCUACUAGACCUGAAUGAAGAGGCGGAGGAAAAAUCCUACCUCGAAACUUUAGCUCGAUCUGGCACACCCGAACAACGCGAAACCUUGGGGCGAACCGUUUGUCGCGCCCAGGGGAUGUGGUUGACCAAGUCGAAGAGGACCGAUGAGAUUCUCAAGAUGACGAGGGAGGAGAAGGAUGAGUUGAGGAGAAAGUCGGCGGGCGGGGGAGGGGUUAUUUCGACUUGGAGGAAUUGUGAGGGUGGGGAUUUGGAUGAGGCCAAUGGGUAUAAAUUUGUGUGAGUGCGCGCUCGAACGUUGCUGAUGAGACUUUUAGCUGAAUGGAUGGGUUCUCCCCGCAUCAGACCGGGUACGAUUCUCCGCUUCAUACCGCUCAAGUCCGAGAACGUCGGCUCUGGACCGGCACCUCCACCGAGUCAUGCGCCAAAACAUCCUCAGGGGUCGGUGUUGGAGGUUCAGAAUGGGCGACUAAUCGUCAUUUUCGAGGAGGCGGAUAUGUGGGUCUUGGGACAGGAGGAGUAUCGGUGAGUUGAUGGUGUGCUUUGCAUCGAAGUUUAGAGCUGGAUCACUGAUCGAGGUGAAUAAUGGGUUCUCAGAAUCGACAUCGGCGUCGACGAUGCCUCGUACCACCUUCAACGCGCCGCCAUUGACAGUCUCUACUUUGACUCGGCGCGUCAACGACUCCGCAACGAGCGCACAUGGCAAGCCGCGCACAUGGCUUUCGCAAGGACCAAGAUUUGUUCGACGGUUCGGGAGUGGACCUUGCAAGGUACUGAUGUGAGGGAGUUGAUUGUGCCGACCGAAGCGACGCCCGCGGUAGAGGUCGCACAGAAUCCGGCUGAAUUCUCAUUCGACGAUCUGAUCGAUGGGCGAGACGAGUCGGCCAUCGUUCCAGCUUCCAUGACCCAAGUCGAAGAGACGACACCGAGGCCCGCAUCGAAUCCUUCCCCCUUACUGUGUGACAAUCAGCUUAUCAACUCAUGGGUCAAGCGCCACCAACGUUCCCCACCCUUAGCAAUGGAAGGGGACCCGAUCCUCCGCCUGAACGACUCCCAAACCCGUGCCGUGGCAAUGGCCAUGUCCGAAUCGCUCUCCCUCAUCCAAGGUCCCCCAGGGACAGGCAAAUCCGCCACCUUGGUGACGUUGAUCCAUCUCCUCAAAACGCAUUUCCGGAUCCCCCAACCGAUCCUCCUGUGCGCACCAACGCACGUCUCGAUUGAUCAUUUAUUAUCCCUCCUCAUCGACGCGGGGUUGAACCCCUUGAGAAUGGGGAAAGCGUAUAAGGUUAGGGAGGAGUUGAGGGAGUGGACUGUGGAGAGGAGGAGGGAAGGUCAUCCGCUUUGGGACUUGUGUGAGGGGGCUAGAGUCGAGUGUGAGAGAAUCAGGGAGGAGUUGGAUGGGUUGAGGGAGACGGUCGGGGUUGAUAAGAAGGGGCUGGAGAGGAUCAGUGAGUUAGGAUUAGGGUCCGAAAUGGGGAGGAGAGCACUGAUGCUUUGCGUGGUGCUGCGUUCGUACAUUGCAGUGGAGAUGGAGGAGAUCCUCAAGAACGAGUGGCGCAGGUUCGUCACUCUAGAACAGAGAUUGUACUCGAGCUUGCUCGCGACCGCGGAUGUGUUUUGUUCGACCACGAUCGGAGCGGGCGCGACAAAGAUCAUGAGCGUAAGUCCGGCUGUGCACCGACGAGACGAAUCAGUAUGCUCAUUCUCGUUCACCUUGGAGUAGAUGAUCGAUUUUCCUAUCGUCUUUCUGGACGAAGCAGCGAUGUGCACCGAGGUGAGUGAACGGCAGGAAUGAGUUGUGCGCCCCCAGCGAGCUUAUUCGAAUCUCGACUUGACUCUCAGCCCGUGAGCUUGAUCCCUCUGAUGAAGGGGGCCCAACACGUCUGCUUUAUUGGCGAUCAGAAACAGUUGCCGGCUGUGGUCAAGGUGAGUGCGAGGGGCUCGUCAGCUCACCGAGCUAUUGCUAGAAGCUGACCGAGUCUUGAAAAGCACUCUCAGUCUCGCGAAGCCGUUCAGAAUCGAUUGCACGUCAGCUUGUUCGAGAGGCUCAUGGCUGAGAAAGGUUGCUUAUAUUCCGUCAGGGGGUUAGCCUCGUUUGAGGAUUCGACGGAAGCUGAUCAGUGUUCGCGACGUGACCUCCAGCCGUGCAAACGACCCUACUCGACACGCAAUACCGCAUGCGACCUCAGAUUUCGGCCUUUCCCAACCAAGCGUUCUACAAUUCGGCACUCAAGGAUGCUCCGAACGUAUCGAAACGGUCCUCACCGCCCAAAUCGACGUACCUCCAAAUGAAUGCCGAGACGGGCAAACCUGAUCCCUGCGUGUUCAUUUCGCACGAAGGCGCCGAGACGUUCUUUCGUCAAUCGACGUUGAACGAGACCGAAGUGGACCUCAUCGUCUCCAUCGUCGGUGACCUCUUGACGCGGAAUCCCGAGCUCGACGCUUCGACGAUCGGGAUCAUUUCACCUUACGCUUCCCAAACGAGGUUAUUGAGCGAUACCUUUUCCAUCGGGGAUCGAAGAGGGUUCAGUUCGCGCGUCAUCGAUCGAUGGGGUUUCGACAUCGCUCUUCGAGCGAGUCAAGUCGAAGUCAAUACCGUCGAUGGGUAUCAAGGUCGAGAGAAAUCGAUCAUCAUCUUAUCGACCGUUCGUUCGAACCCGGCGAACUUUAUUGGGUUUCUCUCGGAUCGGAGGAGGUUGAACGUCGCGCUGACGAGGGCCAAGGAUUUGUUGUUCGUGGUCGGGAAUGAGAGAACGUUGGGGUUCGCGAGGAGCGGGUGGGGUGGGAGGGGGAGGAUGAAGGGGACGGGGGGACGGGCGUUUGGAAGGGUUUUUUGGCGUGGUAUAGAGCGAGAGGGUGGAUAA